AUGCUUGCACGACGAUGCAGUCGGCGCCAGUUUCCCCUCCGGUCGACAAUACAACAGUACACUAUCUCUAGGUCGCCCAGAUGGUUGCCAACUCUCACUGCUGCCCCUCCAUCUCGUCUUUUCUCGACAACUGGCCCCAUAUAUAAUGCAUACUCGGCUACACCGGGUUCAUCAACCCAUUCGACAUCGUCGAAAAAGGCAGACCGGCCUACAGUAUCGUCCGAACGACAUUAUAGUACAUCACCGGAUUUGAGUUCGAUCGAAAAUCCUCAGGGCGAUUUCCCAUUCUACACAACAGCAAAACAUGACGGUAAAGCCUCGAGUCCCGAAGUUAAGGCUUCCACAGAUGAACCACCACCCGAUUUUUCAUGGCUUCGGCUACAUGACCCCUCUUCAUUUUUCAAGCUUCAGACGCCGGAAUUGCCCAUGCAUGCGAGACCAUACGAAACAUCACGGGGUGUGGUCGAUCCGUUCAAGAUUGGUACCGGUACUCAUAAAGAAGACGUCUUCACUUCUUUUGUCGCCUGUGUGAAGAUGGGAAGACUUGAACGUGCAGAGCUCAUGCUCGAUCGUCUUCAUCAUGAUUUUGUGGCUUGCACCAGUAUUAUGGAUGUGAAUGCAAUCGAGAAUCGUGAUAUGUUGGCGAAUCACAACAUAUUUCUCCGGGGUUACUUAGCUCGAGCAAAAGACGCUAUCGAGAAGUUAAAGAAGCCACUAUCCUCUAAAGAAGAACAGGAUCCUGAUGGCGAGCCAGUCGUAGCGAGCAAUGCGGAAGAUAUCCGGGAUUAUAGUAUUCAGAAAGUCGAAGACUGGUACAAUGAUCAUAUGGUUGGCAAAUAUGAAAUUGAAGGGGAUGACAUGACAUUUGCGAUUCUCUUGGAGGCUGUUACACUCAGUAAUCGGUCUCCCCGGGAUAAGAAGCAGGAAAUCGGGAACCUCAUCUUCAAGUGGGAAAGAAGAAAGGAUGUCCUCCUCGGAGAUAUCCUACGCCAUAUGCCCUUGUCAGCGAUUGAUGCUGUAAAAAUGGCGCACAAAAUUACACAAAACGACCUCCAUCCUGAACAGUAUUCUAUUUUGACCGGUUACACAAAGCCCGAGAUCGAAGAAGUUCUAGAAACCCAGGUCAAGGGAUCAUCUUUGGCAGCUGUUAAGCAGUCCCUCCAAUCUUUCGCCGACCACAGCGUAGAAAAAUUCCAGCCUAUUUUCAAAUCCGAAGAGGAAAGACUUCAGUAUACUAUUGAACGCCAGCGAGUUCUAGAACAAGACGCAUACGAUGCUGCCAUAAACCGCUGGCGUGCAGACGCGGAAGCUUCGGAUAGUUUGGGUUCAAAAGUACACAACCCCGCUAUCAACCCACUCUUGCAUCGAUGGCUUCUAGCGAUGGUUCCUUUGAUCAAAGAAGAAUUAAAGCAUGUCGAAGAAGCCGAAGCAAGCCCUGGAAAGCCCGAUAACUUUGAGAGAUGUCAAUAUGGACCCUAUUUGCGGCUACUUUCUCCGGAGAAGUUGGCUGGUAUCACCAUCACGUCAAUUAUCAAACUAGCAUCAGGGUGGCAGGACUCAACUGCUAUGAAGGCUUCUGCGUCUAUUAUAUCGGUUGGUAGGAAUGUUGAACACGAGUACAUAUCAGAACAGCUCCAGAAGGCUUUCGAAACGAAAGCCGGCGAACCUGAAUAUUACAAGAAGAAAGCUCUCCAAAAACAGCUAGCAGAAGUGAAGAAUGAAAAAGAUCUCGCCAUGUUGAUUUAUCGUCAGAACCGAAGAGCCGAAAUGGAAAAGGAUGGAACUGGAUUGCUUCUCAAUGAGCGUUGGUCUCAGCCUGUUAGGGCAAAGGUUGGCUCAGUGCUAGUAUCGUUGCUCUUCCAGGUCGCGAAGAUCAAGGUCAGGCCCACAAACAAGAAGGUUCUCAAGCAUAUGGACAAGGAUUUGGCUAUUGAUCAGCCUGCACUCGUUCAUGGGUAUCAAUUUGUCGGUGGAAAGAAAAUCGGUGUGAUCAGACUCCACGACGAGUUCUCUAAGAAACUCAUGACAGAGCCGCUUAAGGGUACCACGCUUGCAAAACAGCUCCCUAUGAUAGCUAAACCACGUCCUUGGUGCGCUUGGAACGAUGGAGCUUAUUACUUUACACCAACUCGCAUGGUCCGAGUCAAGGAUUCGCUGGAGCAGACUAUGUAUGUCAAAGAAGCAUCUAAACACGGAAAUCUCGACCGGCUUUUCACCGGGUUGGAUGUCCUUGGCUCGACUGCUUGGACCAUCAACCAAAAAGUUUUUGAUGUCAUCCUACAGGUUUGGAACACUGGAGAUAAAUUUGCCGACAUACCUCCAACUUUCGAAAAAGAUGUCAAUAUGCCAGAGAUGCCUCAACCAAAUGCCGAUGCUGCGGCUAAAGCUGCAUUCAAAAUUGCUUACCAAGAAAUGGCCUUAAUUCGAAAGAACCACCACAGCCAGAGAUGCGAUGUUAACUUCAAACUAGAAAUCGCUAGAGCUUUCUAUAACGAAGUUUUCUAUUUCCCUCAUAACGUCGAUUUUAGAGGUCGUGCAUACGCUAUGCCACCACACUUGAACCAUCUAGGUAAUGAUUUGUGUCGUGGACUUCUAAAAUUUUCUGAGAAGAAGCCACUCGGCGAAUCUGGACUGCGGUGGCUGAAGAUCCAUUUAUCCAACCUUGGAGGGUAUGACAAAGCCAGCCUUAUGGCUAGAGAAGAAUGGGCGGAGUCCCGCAUGGAAGAUGUUUUUGACUCAGCAAGAGAUCCUCUUGGGGGAAAACGAUGGUGGUUAGAAUCGGAAGAUCCAUGGCAAAUGCUUGCUACCUGCAUGGAGCUUGAGGCGGCUAUGAGCUCAAAAGAUCCGCUCAAAUACGAGUCCAAUAUGCCGGUUCAUCAGGACGGAACCUGCAACGGUCUACAGCAUUAUGCUGCCCUGGGCGGUGAUAUAGUUGGAGCCAAGCAGGUCAAUUUAGAACCUGCAGAUAAACCACAGGACGUGUACACUGGUGUGGCCGAUUUGGUUAACCAAGCGGUUGCAGAGGACGCUCAGAACGGCAAUGAACUCGCCAAGGAUCUUCUCGGCCAUAUCAACAGAAAAGUGGUUAAGCAAACCGUCAUGACGAAUGUGUAUGGUGUGACAUUCAUUGGCGCAAAGAACCAGGUUAAAUCCAGGUUAAUGGAAAAGGGUGUCUGGCCUAGGGACCGAGUUGACAAGCUUUCCAUCUAUCUCACAAAGAAGAUCUUCACUUCACUACAAUCCAUGUUCACUGGUGCUCAUUUGAUCCAGAAAUGGUUUGGCGAAUGUGCAAAGCGAAUCAGUCGGUCUGUGAGUCCUACUCAGUACGCUUCCUUCGCUGAACACUACACCGGUGUGAUUCCGACGACGGGUCGGCAGGCACAUACAAAGGAAAGAGGCAAGGCAGAGUUCAUGACUUCGGUGGUCUGGACUACCCCAUUGGGGUUGCCUGUUGUCCAACCUUACCGCCACGAUGCCACUGUCGCCGUCAAGACUAAUCUACAACAAAUCACCAUCGUUGACACUUCCAUCAUCAACCAAGUCAAUUCACGAAGGCAGAUGGGUGCUUUCCCUCCUAAUUACAUCCAUUCUCUCGAUGCAACUCACAUGUUACUCUCCGCGAUGGCCUCGAAGCAGGCCGGAUUAACAUUCGCUGCUGUCCACGAUUCUUUCUGGACUCACUCUUGCGAUGUUGAUACUAUGAGCCGUGUACUUCGUGAUGCAUUCGUUGAGCUUCACUCAGAGGACCUCGUAUCCAAACUUCGCGAAGAAUUCGUUCUCCGCUACAAGAAACACAAGACAUUGGUCAUUGUUCCGUCUAACCACCCCGCCGGAAAAGAGAUCAAUAAACACCGUAAGGAAAUAGCCCCCGAAAUCGAAAAAAUGAAGCUUGCCGCGGAAGGGAAAGUUCCUACAACGAAAAGAACAAAGGUCGCUAUAACCGCUGUUGAUGAUCUAAUGAGAGAGAUCGAGCGGGAUAGGCUUUGCGCUAGCGAAGACCCAGAAGAAAGAGCUAGGGGCGAGAAAAUGGUCACUGCCGGUUCUAUAUAUAGGUCAUAUGGUCUUACACCUGACCAUGACUUUGACAAAGUCGACAGCGCUGCCUUUGGAGAAGAGCUUUCCGGGGGCGAAACCCAGAUAGAGCUGGAAGGACGGCUUUUGAAGCCGGAAAACGAAUCCGACAGUAAUAUGGAGGAGAGCCUAGAAGAAAGCCUAGAAACAACUAUGGAAGCGAGCGAAGCAGAUAAUGGCCCUAAAUCAGCUAAAUCAGCCCUGAAGAAAAAACCUAAGGGCAGCUUCGGGAGAGUUCACGUAUGGGUCGAUCUCGAAUUCCCGCCGGUUCCGCCAAAGGGAGAUUUUGACGUUUCCAGACUAAAGCAUAGUAAAUAUUUCUUCUCAUAA